AUGGCCUCGGAUUCUCUUGACCAGUCCUGCACAGCUUCAACGGCAUUCACAGAUCUAUCACGUUUCGAGCUUGCGGCAAGGCAAGAGUCAGAGCCUCGGUCAUUUAGACUGGACUACUUGACUCUGAGGGUGGAGCGGCUACAUCUAGGGCCACGUCCUGACCACUACGAUGGCAACCCGCUUGUUCCUCCUCACUUCUCGGUCGCACCUGCCAUGACACGGGUAGAAGACGUGUACAGAUCGGAUCCGUUGUCGAACAACAGAAUGCAGGUGUGGGGACGCCGGAAUAGUAUCAUCAGGCGCAAAAUUACGAAUCUUCUGACUCGUCUUCCUGAGCUAGCAUCGGGUCUCGGCCGAUAUGGACUAUACAUCUGUGGCGCUCCUGAUCAGGUCUUGUAUCGCCCGGACGCAUCUGGCAAGGAUCGGAAUGCAGGGAGAGAUCGCAUGAUGGUUUUGAUAGUCGAGCUGAAGCCUGAAGAGCAACAACAAUGGCUGCUCCUACAACUCCACUUGGAGAGGUUUCUGAGGAAAGCAAAUAUCGAAAGGUGUCGUGGUGUGUGCAUCAGAUAUUACAUCAAAGCACCUGGGUCGAGAGAGCCUUCGCCUGAUCCGCCGCCGCGAGGUGUGUUUCACAACUCGAAUGCCUAUCGUACCGAGGACGGCAGUGACUCUCCUCCUUACCCGAGCCUAUCGAGAUUCGACGAGGAGCUUCGGCCGUUGCUGUCAGACGACGAGGAUUCAGACAGCAGAGACACAGCGGAUGAGAUCGAUGCCAGCAGCACUGUUGAAGUCCGAGACUCAGAGAGUGCAGGCACAUCAGCGUACGAAGAGAUUGUCUGGGAAUAUCGGCCUGCACCAGCCCCACCUCAGACUAGAAGUGCAUGA